AUGGCCUGCGGGCCGGCGCUGCCCUCGCCGCGCCCACGCCCCCCGCCCCAGCUCCGUCACCGAUCGACCGCGGGGAUCGAAAGGCGGCGCGCAGCGACGGGAAUCCACCCAAGGAGGCAUCCGGUGCCACUUUGCGCGCACGCUCCCGCCGUCGCGGUCCCGCCGGCCGGCAAGAGGGGAAGUGUUGCCCCGGCGACGGGCGUGCAGGCCCUGCCGGAGCCGCCCAAGACCGCCGGCCUGCUGGACGUGAUCCCCUACCUGGGACGCCUGGCGCUGACGGACCCAGCACUGUACUGGCGGGUGGGCCUGGCGAUGACCUGUCUGGUGCUGUCCAAGACGGCGGGUCUGGUGUCACCAUUCUUUUUGAAGCAGGCAGUGGAGGUGCUUGGACCAAUGACACCUGCGGCGGCAAAAGCAGCAGCAUUGGCUUGCCUGCUUGCAGGGCUGUGCAGGGUGGUGAGCGGAAUCGCUAAAGAGUUGGUCGGCCCUCUGUUUACACCUGUGGCCCAGGCAGCUCAACGCAAGGUUGCAUCCAACACUUUUGCACAUGUUCUUGACCUCGAUGUACAGUUCCACUUGGACAGGAGAUCAGGCACCCUCUCAAGAAUACUGGACAGAGGAUCUCGAAGUGUGCAGAUGCUGUUUCGGAUUGUGGGCUUCACGUUUGUGCCCACUGUCAUCGAACUUGUGCUUGUAUCUGGACUCCUGGGCAAGACGUUCAGCCCCGUGGUCACCUUUGUUGUCAUCGGAACUUUUGCUGGCUACGUGGGGUGGACACUGUACAUGACUCAGGCCAUCACACAGUCAAGGAAGGUUGCCAACGAGUACGACAAUUUGACAACUGGCAAGGCCAUUGAUGCACUGCAGAAUUUUGAAAUGGUGACUCUGUUCAACAACCAGGACAUGGAGGUCGCACAGUAUGAUGAGUACCUUCGAGGAUAUCAGAAUGCUUCUAUCGACAUUGAGAAGGCUGCUGCCACAUUGAAUGCUGGGCAGAGUGUUGUUUUGUCCAUGGGUGUCACUGUUGCCCUCGUUGCUACACUGAUGCUCUCCGGGACGAAGCAAGUGACGCCAGGCGACUUGGUGCUGAUACAGGGCUUGCUCCUGCAACUUUGGUACCCUCUCCAGUUCCUGGGUUGGUUCUACAGGGAGCUAAAACAGUGCCUGGUGGACAUGGACGAGUUUCUCAAGAUCUGGCAGACCAAAACGAUGCUCCCAGAAGGUACCCUGAACCUCCCAGGCUCAAUAGCAGUGGAGGUUCCCACUGUUGGGGCAUACAAUGGCAACGGGGCCAGUGGCAACGGUGCUGGACACGAAACUGGAGUGUUGGUGAAUGGCAACAAGGCACUGCCCCCUCCAGCCAUCGAAUUCAACAAUGUGACCUUUGGGUACAGUGGAGAGAGAAAGGUACUGCAAGGAUUCAACCUCAAAGUGAAGCCUGGACAAAGUGUGGCUCUGGUUGGUGGCUCUGGAUCAGGCAAAUCCACUGUCCUGAGGCUCCUUGCUCGGCUAUACGAUCCAACUGAAGGCAAUGUCACAAUCGAUGGCAUUGAUGUCCGGGAUUUGCGGCAUGAAUCUUUGAGGGGUGCUAUAGGGGUAGUCCCACAAGACACUGUUCUUUUCAACGCAUCAGUCAUGGACAACAUAAGAUACGGCCGUCCGGGUGCCUCCGAUGAGGAGGUGAUUGCUGCCUCCAAGAUGGCACAGCUCCACCACUCCAUAUUGAGGAUGCCGGAGGCUUAUGAUACAAUGGUUGGCGAGAGGGGGCUGAAGCUGAGUGGAGGGGAAAAGCAGCGUGUCGCCAUCGCCCGAACAUUUGUGCGGGCGCCGCGGCUGCUGAUAUGCGACGAGGCGACGUCGGCGCUGGACACGAACACCGAACAGGAGAUCAUGUCGUCGCUCUCCCGCCUCGCGGAGGGCCGCACGUCCUUCUUCGUCGCCCACCGCCUGUCCACCAUCGUCGACUGCGACGUCAUCUGCGUCAUGGCUGACGGCAGGAUCAUCGAACAGGGCUCGCACGAGGAGCUCAUGGGCCUCGGCCGCACCUACCGCGACAUGUGGAUGGGACAGGCCGCCGGAAAGGACCUGUACGACAAGUGCAUCCCCGUGUAUUAG